AUGUUACCACCACCUCCUGCAACAUAUAAUAGUGUUAAUGAACUUCUUAAAAAUGUUCAAGCAUUUGCUAAUUCUCAAAGUUACAUGUUGGUUAAAAAAAGAACACAUAAGGAUCGACAAAGCAACGAAUUACAACCUCUUUUGCAAGCUCUACAAGAAAGGUAUGAAGAGUGGCCAGAACACCAGCAAGCAACUAUCCGGAAAAAAUUAAACAGCAUAAUUAAUACCUCAACAACGAUCUUGCAAAGAGGAAGACCUCCUGUGCAUCUAAUCGUAGAACAGAUAAUUCAACCAGAAGAGAUCCUUCUGGGUUUGAGUUAA